AUGGUAAAAUACGACGAUUUACGGGUGGAGUGGAUCCGGCAGUGCGUGACUGCUGGCUUCGUUUUACCGGAGCAUCCCAAUACUUUCGACGAGCUACUCGGUCGUGAAGAAGAAGCAGAAAAAGUGCUCCGCUUUUUGGACUUUGUCUCCGAGGAAGAUUCGCCAUCAUGUCUUUUGUUUUUCAAAACUGUAAAAGAGGAAGAAAUUGAAGUUAAGAUUCCACUUGAAAGGAAGACAGAUGACGCUUCAGAUGCUGAUGGGACUCCGAAUGGAGCAGAGAACACCUCAGGCUCAGAGGAGAUAUGUGAAGGGCUUGAGAUUCAAGUUGUUCGUCACAUUGAGCUUCACAUGUCAGUAAAUGAUUUCCCAAAGCAGUUUGUGAAAUCCACUCUGUUCUACUUCAUCAGGAACACAAAGGAUGAGAUUGUGCUGCACAUACCUGAGCUAGACCUGAAGCCAAAGGUAGACGUACUGCUAUCUGACCGAGAGAUGGUGGAGAAGUUGGAGCAGUGUUUGAUGAACUGGCAGACUAAGAUCACCGUUGUUAUGGAGGAGCAGCAAAACAAACAGCCACAGGCACCUGGCCCUUUGGCCGAGAUAGCUCUUUGGCAGGGGCGAGCAUCCGUCCUGAAUGUUCUGAGUGAGCAACUCAAUCAGCCCGUCGUAAGGAAGGUUUUGGAAGUGAUGGCCAAAGCAGAUUCAAGUAUGGUUCAGACCCUGGAAGGAACGGUGGCUGAACUCACUAAGUACCGUGUGGAGGCAGACGACAAUUUUCACUUCCUCACCAUACUGAAACGAAACUUCCUGAAUCUCGCUACUGCAGCAAAUUUGAGUGGGAUCCUUGAGACCAUCCCUGAUUUGAUGGGCAGCCUGCAGGUUGUGUGGAUGAUCUCUUGCCACUACAACACAAACGAGCGCAUGGUGCCUCUCAUGGAACGUAUUGCCUGGCAGCUGUGCGAACGCGUGCUUCCAAUAAUCGGAGUCAGCAUGCUAUUCAAAAAUAAAAGGGAAGUGGCCAAAUCCAAGGUGCGUGAUGCUAAACAGGUCCUCGACCAGUGGAAAUCCUCCUACUUUGAGGUGCGCGCUGAAAUUGAAGAAUCAGGCAGGAAUCAGCGCUGGGAAUUCGACCGUAAGAGGCUGUUUGAGAGGACUGACUACAUUGCUUCCGUCUGCCAGGACCUGCUGAAUGUUUUGCAGAUUUUGGAAGAGUUCUAUAACAUCUUCGGUCCGGAGCUAAAAGGUGUGACCAGUGACCUGAAACGCAUCGAUGAAGUGCUGUGCAGAGUGGAUAGUCUGAUUGGGCCUAUUGAAGAAUUCAGUUGCGAUAUUUUCAAAAUCCAUAAGAUGCCCGGCUGGAAAAUGAUCAUGCAAGACUUUAACACAACAGUUCAGGCUAUUGAGGUGGAGGCCAUUAACCUUAUCGAUCAGUCCUUUAAGACACAGCGCUCUUCAGCUGCUGCCUUUGACAUGCUCUUGAAAUUCAAACACAUCGUCUCCAGAGAGGCUGUCAACCGCCAUUUGAUGCAAAAGUCUAACGACAUCCUGGCUCAGUAUUGCAAAGAGGUGGACAGCAUAAAUGACAUGUUUGAGGCAGAGAAAGACAAACCACCAACCCUUCUUAGGAAUGAGCCUCCAGUGGCAAAGUCCAUCAGAUGGGCUCAGUCUAUUGUGCAUCCCAUCAAACAAACCAUCCUCCCCUUCCUGAAAGAGCAGCAUAUGUUUGAGUGUGAGAAUAUCAAAGUGGCCAAAGACAAGUAUAUGGAAAUGGCAGUGAAGAUCAGAGACUUUAAAUUGAAGAAGUUUGAGAACUGGACUGCUGUGACAGCACAUAACUUGCCAUUGCUAAUGAAACAAGCCCUGCUGGUCAUCACUACCGAUGAAAAGCAGAGCGGGUAUGAAGUCCCACUGACUCUGAGAGAGGUGAGAUACAUUGUGAAUUUUGCUCCAGAACUCAGAGAAAUCAUUUCUGAGGCGUUCCACCUUGAGUUACAGGACUACACUUUGCCUGAUCUGGCUAAAAUUGUUGCUCUACAAGAGGACAAGUUCAUCAGAUACGUGAAUGAUCUGAGAAAAACUGUCAACUGCUACCACUCAGUGAUGGACAGCCUGAGUGCUGCACAGUGCAAAAUGUUGGAACAGCAAAUGAAAAUGGUCCAAGGAGUAUUGCAAUUUGGAUGCAAAAGACUCAACUGGAAAUCUUUGGGCAUCAACGACUUCAUCAAACGUGGCUCUCAGGCUGUGUCUAAGUUUGAAUCGGUUGUCAACCAGAUUCAGAUGAAUGAGAAGGAGAUUGAGUCCAAGCUGCAAUCCAUAGGGAUGGCCAAUUUACUGAAGUUUCCAGUCCCAGAUAACGACCUACCAAGUGUCAAAGAGUUCUUUGAACGUGUUGAGCGAGACCAAACCAAGACCGUGAAUCCGCUGAGUAGGAUGUACGCAGACAUUGGACCCCUCAUCACUAAGACGGAACAUCUGAUCAUGGGAACGUGCAGUGGCAAGGCCGAAUGUAUGGCAGAUUACUACAAGUACUGGGAACGCAGAGUGCUGGACUCUCUUACAAAGAUGGUGCUGAGGAAUCUCCAGGCCUUUAACACGGUCCUGAUGGGAAACACCGCUCUUUUCCAAAUUGAUGCCAUCCUGCCUGGCCCUAAGAUUGUGACGCAGCCCCUAAGCAAAGAGAUCUACUCGCUGAUGAAGAAAUGUCUCAAAGACUGUAUAGAGAGCACAAAGCAAUUUCCGCGUUGGAUGCGUGGGACCUGCAUGCUGUGCCCUCCAGAGUAUGUGUUCAGUGAGGAUGGAUCGGUGAUGUUUAGCUUCCGCGAGGAGGUGUGGCCAAAUUCUCAGAUAAAUGAAAUCGCCUCCACAGUUCACCAGAACAUCCAGCGGCUGCUCUCCUCUGUGGAACAGAACCUCCUCCACUGGACACGCUAUCGGACUCUCUGGGAAAAGAAUAUUACCAUCACCAACGAAAAGUUUGCUGCAAAAAAACCAUCCUUUGCCAGUUACGACGAUAAGAUGAGCUUAUAUUCUGAUAGGAUUCAGGAAGUGAUGCAGGAGCAAAUGUUCAGGAAUGAGCACGUCAUCCGUUUGAACCUGGAGCCCCUGGCUAACACACUGCGGGAGUCUGCUGAGUCCUGGAUCCAUUCAUUAGGUAGCCUGCUCAACAAGCCUGCCAAGGAGGAUCUGCUCAACUUAAGAGAUACACUCAUGCAACUCUCUGAGAAUCUACAACAAGACCCUGAAACCUUUGAAAACCUGAAGUCUGUCCUUGGCACCAUAUCAGACAUCAGGGACAUGUCUGUAGAUGUGGAGUUGAGAUACACCGAUAUCCAGGAGAGCUACAGAACACUGGCCAUCUACAAAGUGCAGGUCGGGAAAGAUGAACUGGAGCUGGUGGGGAAAAUUGAGCAAACAUGGAAAGACCUGUCUGCCGCAUCCAAACAUGUGGAUCGAAGUCUGACAGAUGUCAAGAAAUCAUUUGUUCAGACUACAAAGGACAAGAUUGGAGAGUUCACGCAGGAGUUGUCUAUCUUUGCUGAGAGCUUUAACAUGCAUGGUCCUGGAGCUGUGGGAGAUGAUUUGGAGAAAGGACUGACCAUAAUGGCAACCUAUGAAGCAGACCUUGCUAAGAUAGUGGCGGGACGGCAGGAGCUAGCUAACGCUGAAAAGCUGUUGGACCUACCAGUCACCAUGUACCCGGAUGUGAUCAGCAUACAGAGAGACAUGGAUGGCCUGAGACAGAUAUACGGUGUCUAUAAAGCUCAAAUGGACGCAAAGACGGAGUGGUCUCAGACGCUGUGGGUCGAUUUAGACAUCCAGCAGCUACAGGAGGGUGUUGAGGGAUUUAUCAAAAGCUUGAGGCAGCUGCCCAAAGAUGUGCGGGCGUUACCUGUGGCCUUCUUCCUGGAGGGACGCAUGAAGGAGUUUAGAGACUCUCUGCCUCUGCUCCUGGACUUGAAGAAUGAGGCUCUCCGAGACAGACACUGGAAGGAACUGAUGGAAAAGACCGGCACCAGGUUUGAGAUGAACGACAGCUUCACUCUGGAGAAUAUGUUUGCUAUGGAGUUGAACAAAUAUGCAAAUGUCAUAGGAGAAAUUGUCACCUCUGCUGUGAAAGAGCUCAGUAUUGAGAAGGGUGUGAAGGAGGUGGUCGAGACCUGGGAGAACAUGAAGUUCAGUGUGCUGCCCUAUUUCAAAGGCACGCAGGAUCGUGGUUCUGUUCUGGGUGCAGUGGAAGAGAUAAUGCUGAAUGUGGACAACGAUGCCAUGAACUUACAGAGCAUGGCGGGCAGCCGGUUUGUUGGACCUUUCCUGGGCCCCAUACAGCAAUGGGAAAAAGAUCUAUCCCUUAUCAGUGAGACCAUAGAGGUAUGGAUGAUGGUCCAACGGAAAUGGAUGUACCUGGAGAGCAUAUUCGUUGGUGGAGACAUUAGCUCGCAGUUACCAGAGGAAGCCAAGAAAUUUGAUAACAUUGACAAGAAGUUUAAAGAGAUAAUGAGUGACACAGUGAAGGGUCCAACCAUUAAGCGCUGCUGUUUGAUUCCCAACCGGCUGACAUACCUGCAAACCCUAAGUGACGAUCUAGAGAGGUGCCAGAAGAGUCUAAACGAUUACCUGGACUCCAAACGGAACGCUUUUCCUCGCUUCUUCUUCAUCUCGGAUGAUGAACUGCUCAGCAUUCUGGGGAGUAGUGACCCUUCCUGUGUCCAGGAGCACAUGAUAAAGAUGUAUGACAACAUAGCAUCUCUGAGAUUUGAUGCGGAAGGCGAUGGGGAGACAGUAGCCAAAGCCAUGGUGUCUGCUGAGGGUGAGCUGAUGGAGCUGAGAAAAGCUGUCCCGGUGAAGGGCAGCGUGGAGGAGUGGAUGACAGGGAUUCUACUGGAGAUGAGGAGGACUAAUAGACUCAUCACCAAGGAAGCAAUCUUCCGCUACUGUGCAGACAUGAGCAGGGUGGACUGGAUGCUGCUGUAUCAGGGAAUGGUGGUGCUGGCUGCGAGUCAAGUGUGGUGGACCUGGGAAGUAGAGGACGUCUUUAAGAAUGUGAAGAAAGGAGAGAAGAACGCACUGAAGAACUAUGCUAACAAAAUGCACCAGCAGAUUGAUGAGCUGGUGAAACGCAUUACACAACCUAUGAAGAAAAACGACAGGCGAAAGAUCAACACUGUCCUUAUCAUCGAUGUCCAUGCAAGAGACAUCGUGGACAGCUUUGUACAGAACAGUAUAAUGGACGCACAGGAGUUUGAGUGGGAAAGCCAACUCAGAUUCUACUGGGUCAAGAAACACGACAACCUGUUUGUGUGGCAGUGCAGCGCGUCGUUCUCUUACGGCUAUGAAUACAUGGGGUUGAACGGACGAUUGGUUAUAACCCCACUGACAGACCGCAUCUACCUCACCCUCACGCAGGCCCUCUCCAUGUACCUGGGAGGAGCUCCUGCUGGACCGGCUGGUACAGGGAAGACAGAGUCCACCAAAGAUCUAGCCAAGGCUUUGGGUCUGCUCUGUGUGGUUACCAACUGCGGGGAAGGCAUGGACCACAUGGCUAUGGGUAAGAUCUUCUCUGGACUUGCCCAGUGUGGAGCGUGGGGCUGCUUCGAUGAGUUCAAUCGCAUCGAUGCCUCGGUGCUGUCAGUUAUCUCCUCCCAAAUCCAGACUAUCCGCAAAGCUCUCAUUCUGCACCUGAAAAGGUUUCAUUUCGAGGGGCAGGAGAUCAGCCUGGACAGUCGCAUGGGGAUUUUCAUCACCAUGAACCCAGGUUAUGCAGGACGCACAGAGCUGCCGGAAUCCGUGAAAGCCCUGUUCAGACCGGUGGUGGUCAUUGUGCCGGACCUGCAGCAGAUUUGUGAGAUCAUGCUCUUCUCUGAGGGCUUCUUAUUGGCCAAGGUGCUGGCAAAGAAGAUGACAGUCCUGUAUAAGCUGGCCCGUGAGCAGCUGUCCAAGCAGUCUCAUUAUGACUUUGGCCUGCGAGCGCUGAAGUCUGUCUUGGUGAUGGCAGGAGAGCUGAAGAGAGGCUCACCAGAUCUCAGUGAGGAUGUGGUUUUGAUGCGUGCGCUCAGGGACAUGAACCUUCCAAAGUUUGUGUUUGAGGACGUGCCCCUGUUCCUCGGGCUGAUCACAGAUCUGUUCCCUGGGCUGGACUGCCCUCGGGUUCGCUAUCCCAACUUCAAUGAUGCCGUGGAAGGGAUCCUGGAGGAGAACAAAUACGUCAUGCUGCCAAACCAGGUGGAUAAAGUGGUGCAGAUGUACGAGACGAUGAUGACGAGACACACUACAAUGGUUGUGGGCCCCACAGGCGGAGGGAAAUCUGUUGUGAUUAACACAUUAUGUCAAGCUCAGACCAAAUUGGGAGACCAAACCAAAAUGUAUCCCCUGAACCCAAAAGCCAUGAGUGUCAUUGAACUUUACGGGAUUUUGGACCCUGAGACUCGAGACUGGACGGAUGGGAUCCUAUCCAACAUCUUCCGGGACAUCAACAGGCCUACUGAUAAAAAAGAGCGAAGGUACAUCCUGUUCGAUGGGGAUGUGGAUGCUCUGUGGGUGGAGAAUAUGAACUCAGUGAUGGAUGACAACAAAAUCCUCACACUAGCUAACGGAGAAAGGAUACGUCUACAGAAUCACUGUGCUCUGCUUUUCGAGGUUGGAGAUCUGCAGUACGCUUCCCCUGCUACUGUUUCCCGCUGUGGGAUGGUUUUUGUUGACCCCAAAAAUCUACGUUACACCCCAUACUGGCAGAGAUGGGUAAUCGACAGGACGGAGAAGGAACAAAAAAUGCUCAACCAACUGUUCGAGAAGUAUGUGCACAGCUCUAUUGAAAUGAUUGUGGAAGGUAUUGUUAACGGCAAACAGGGCCAGAAACUGAAGACUGUUGUCCCUCAGACAGAUCUGAACAUGGUGACUCAGCUGUGCUUGACACUGGAUGCACUGCUAGAGAGUGAGAGCAUCACUGCUGAUGUAGUGGAGUGUUACUUCCUGGAAGCUCUGUACUGCUCACUGGGGGCCACGUUGAUGGAGAGCAGCAGGAUCAAGUUUGAUGAGUUCAUCAAAAAACUCUCCUGUCUAUCCACAGUGCAUGAUGAGAAAGCCCUCGCUGGGCCUGGUGAGAUCCCAGGAUAUCUCCCCACCCUGUAUGAUUUCCAUUUUGAUGGAACACGGCAGAAGUGGGUUCCCUGGAGUUCUUUGGUCCCAAAAUACAUUUACAACCCUGAUUUGAAGUUUGCUGAUAUUCUAGUACCGACUAUCGACACCACGAGAGCCAGCUGGAUCCUGGAGCAGAUGGUGAAGAUAAAGCGGCCGGUGCUGCUGGUCGGAGAGUCGGGCACUUCCAAGACUGCCACCAUCCAUAACUUCCUGAAGAACCUCAAUGCAGACAGAAUUAUUACUCUGAUCAUCAACUUAUCAUCCAGAACAACUUCAAUGGACCUGCAGAGGAACCUCGAGGCCAACGUGGAGAAAAGAACCAAAGAGAUCUAUGGGCCUAGUAUGGGGAAGAGACUGCUGGUGCUCAUAGAUGACAUGAAUAUGCCUAAGGUGGAUAGCUACGGCACACAACAGCCCAUUGCACUCCUGAGGCUGUUAUUGGACCGAGGAGGCAUGUAUGACAGAGGGAAAGAUCUUAACUACAAAACCCUCAAGGACCUUGGUUUUAUUGCAGCCAUGGGAAAGGCGGGAGGUGGGAGGAACGAGGUGGACCCCCGCUUCGUCUCGCUCUUCAGUGUCUUCAACAUCCCCUUCCCUGCAGUGGAAUCUCUCCACCUUAUCUAUGGUUCCAUCCUCAAAGGCCACACCAGGGGAUUUGAAGACGCCAUACAGAAGGUUUGUGAUAGAGUCACCUUGUGCACGCUGGAACUGUACAACAACAUCAUCAAAGAUCUACCCCCCACUCCCUCCAAGUUCCACUACAUCUUCAACUUGAGGGACCUGUCAAGAGUUUACAAUGGACUGACCCUCACCAAACCUGACAGGUUUUUGACUGUCACCCAAUUUGUCCGUGUCUGGAGGAAUGAAUGUCUGAGAAUCUUCCAUGACAGACUCAUUGACGAAACUGACAAAGCCUUGGUCCAAGGCCACAUAAAGAAUCUGAUUGAGGAGCAUUUUAAGUCAGACAUGGAGACAGUCAUGAGGGACCCAAUUCUUUUUGGAGACUACAGGACAGCCCUCAGUGAGACUGAACCCAGGGCCUAUGAGGACAUACAGGACUAUGACGUGUCGAAAGCCCUGUUCCAGGAAAUUCUCGAGGAAUAUAAUGAGAACAAGUCGCGGAUGAACCUAGUGCUGUUUGUCGAUGCCCUGGAUCAUCUGACCCGCGUGCACCGCAUCAUCCGCAUCGACCGAGGCCAUGCGUUGCUUGUUGGUGUGGGGGGCUCUGGCAAGCAGUCCCUUACCAGGCUCGCUGCCUACACCGCAGGAUGUGAGGUGUUUGAGAUAACUCUAAGCAGAGGAUACGGUGAGACAAACUUCCGCGAUGACCUGAAAGCUCUGUACUUGAAGCUUGGCAUUGAAAAUAAGAAGACAGUGUUCCUCUUUACUGAGGCCCAUGUUGCAGAGGAAGGCUUCUUGGAACUCAUAAACAACAUGCUCACCUCAGGCAUUGUUCCCGCAUUGUUCCCUGAUGACGAGAAGGAGUCAGUACUCAACCAGCUUCGAGAUGAGGCUCUAACAAUGGGAGCAGGGCCUUCUAAAGAGAGUGUGUGGCAAUAUUUUGUCAACAAGAGUGCCAACAAUCUACACAUUGUUUUAGGCAUGUCACCAGUGGGGGAUACCCUAAGGACGCGCUGUAGGAACUUCCCAGGGCUGAUGAAUAAUACUGUCAUAGACUGGUUCCUGCCAUGGCCUCCACAGGCGUUACUUGCAGUGGCUCAGUCUUUCCUCGGUGAAAGUCCGAUGAUUCCUGAGGCACACACUGCAGCAGUGAUAGCUCAUGUCUGCAUGGUGCACAGCUCUGUGGGUGACUACAGCAAGCUUUUCCAGCAGAAGCUCAGACGUUGUAACUAUGUCACUCCGAAGAACUACUUGGACUUUAUUAGCACCUAUGCUAACCUCUUGGAGGAAAAGGACCAAUAUAUUCUGGCUCAGUGCAAGCAUCUCGAGGGAGGUUUGGAUAAACUGAAGGAAGCCAGUGUGCAGCUGGCCGAGUUAAAUAUCAAGCUGGCGGAUCAGAAGGUGGUCCUGGCUGAAAAGUCCAUAGCUUGUGAGGCCCUGCUGAAUGAGAUCGCAACAAACACGGAUAUAGCUGAGGAGAAAAAGACUCUGGCAGAGGACAAAGCCAAAGAGAUUGAAGAGCAGAACAAAGUGAUCGCUGUGGAGAAGAAGGAAGCUGAAAGUUCCCUGGCUGAGGCUCUGCCCGCGUUAGAGGCAGCCCGCAUCGCCCUGCAAGACCUGGAAAAAUCUGAUGUCACAGAGAUCCGAUCUUUUGCAAAGCCUCCCAAACAGGUGCAGGUGGUUUGCGAGUGCAUCCUGGUGUUGCGUGGCUACAAGGAGAUCAGUUGGCAGUCCGCCAAGGGGAUGAUGUCCGAGGCUAGCUUCCUGCGGUCGCUCAUGGAGAUGGACUGUGAUUCCAUAAGUAACAACCAGGUCACGACAGUUCGAGGCUUCCUCAGGAACCUCCAGACCAGCUUUGAGGAGAUGCAAGCCAUCAGUAAGGCCGGCUCAGGAAUGCUCAAGUUUGUCGAAGCUAUUAUGGGUUACUGUGAGGUGGCAAGGGAGAUAAAACCUAAGAGAGAGAAGUUGGCACGCCUAGAGAGGAACUUCUUUCAGAUUAAGCGGGAGCUGGAGCGCAUUCAGAGUGAGCUUAAUGAUAUCCAGAAAGAGUUGCAAGCUCUUGGAGAUAAGUACCAAGCUGCUAUCGAGGAGAAACAGAUGCUACAGGAGGAGGCUGAGCUCAUGGAGAGGAGGCUGAUCGCUGCUGACAAACUCAUCUCUGGCCUGAGCUCUGAAAAUGAACGGUGGACACAAGAUUUGGAGGAGUUGAAGCAGCGGCGCGUUCGUCUCCUGGGUGACUGUCUGGUCUCUGCUGCUUUCCUGAGCUAUGUAGGGGCCUUUAGCUCGGACUUUAGGAAUGAAAUGGUUAACCAAGUUUGGGUUAAGGAUGUGCUGGAGAGAAGCAUCCCCUUGAGCCAGCCUUUCAUAGUGGAAAACCUUCUGACUGAUGAGGUAGAAAUCAGCAGAUGGGGCUCAGAGGGCUUGCCUCCAGAUGAGCUGUCAGUGCAGAAUGGUAUCCUCACAAGCAGAGGGAGCCGUUUCCCCAUGUGUAUCGACCCACAGCAGCAAGCCCUUAACUGGAUAAAGAAAAAGGAAGCAAAGAAUAACCUCAAGAUCUCAUCAUUCAAUGAUCCAGACUUCCUGAAGCAGCUCGAGAUGGCCAUCAAAUACGGCUUCCCAUUCCUUUUUCAAGACGUGGAUGAGUACAUCGACCCUGUGAUUGACAAUGUCUUGGAGAAGAAUGUGAAAGGAGCAGAGGGCAGACAGGUCAUCAUGCUGGGUGACAAGGAGGUGGACUACGAUCCAAACUUCAAGCUGUACCUCAACACCAAACUGUCUAACCCCAAAUACUCCCCAUCAGUGUUUGGAAAAGCCAUGGUCAUUAACUACACUGUAACCCUAAAGGGUCUGGAGGACCAGCUGCUGAGUGUUAUCAUGGGCUUUGAGAAGAAGGAGCUGGAGGAGCAGCGCGAGCUUUUGAUACAAGAAACGAGCAACAAUAAAAAGCUGCUGAAGAACCUCGGGGACUCCCUGCUCAGAGAGCUGGCCACGUCCUCAGGCAACAUGUUGGACAACACAGAGUUGGUUCACACAUUGGAGGAAACAAAGUCCAAAGCCAGGGAGGUGUCUGAGAAACUGAAGUUGGCUCAGAAGACAUCCGUGGACAUUGAUCAACUCAGAGACGGUUAUCGACCGGCUGCGAAGCGCGGUGCCAUCUUGUUCUUUGCACUGACAGAAAUGGCUCUAGUUAACAGCAUGUACCAGUACUCUCUGGCCUCCUACCUGGGAGUGUUUGACUCAUCACUGCGCAAAUCUCUGCCUGACUCCGUCCUGCUCCAAAGACUGAAGAACAUCAUGAACACUCUGACUUACAGUGUUUAUAACUAUGGCUGCACAGGUCUGUUUGAGAGACACAAGCUGCUCUUCUCCUUCAACAUGACCAUCAAGAUUGAACAGGCAGAAGGAAGGUCACCUCAGGAGGAGUUGGAGUUCUUCAUCAAGGGUAAUCUAUCCCUGGAAAAGAGCACCCGCAAAAAGCCUUGUGACUGGCUUGCAGACCAAGGCUGGGAGGACAUAGUGAAACUAGCAGAGCUGUUUCCCCAGCAGUUUGGCUCUCUGCCCGAAGACGUUGAGAAAAAUUCCACUGACUGGAAGUCUUGGUAUGACUUAGAUGGACCAGAACAGGCUCCAUUCCCCAUGAAAUAUGAGGAGAGCCUUUCAGCCUUUCAGAAGCUGCUGUUGCUGCGCUGCUUCCGUGUCGAUAGAGUCUACAGAGCUGGGACUGACUAUGUCACGGUCACCAUGGGCGAGAAAUAUGUGCAGCCUCCUGUGAUCAACUUUGACGCAAUUUAUGAACAAAGCACACCUUUCUCCCCCAUUGUUUUCAUCCUGAGCCCCGGCUCUGACCCAGCCACGGACCUCAUGAAACUAGCAGAGAGGUCCGGCUUUGAGGGCAACAAGUUCAAGUUCCUUGCUAUGGGCCAAGGCCAAGAGAAGGUGGCACUGCAGUUGCUGGAGAGGGCGGUGUCCCGGGGUCAGUGGUUAAUGCUGCAGAACUGCCAUCUGCUGGUAAAGUGGCUAAAGGAACUGGAGAAGUCCCUAGAGAUGAUCACCAAGCCCAACCCCAGCUUCCGCCUGUGGGUCACCACUAACCCUAUCACAGAUUUUCCCAUUGGAAUCCUGCAAAAGUCUCUCAAGGUGGUGACGGAGCCUCCCAAUGGUCUCAAGCUGAACAUGAGAGCCACAUACUGUAAAAUCUCCCGUGAGACCUUGAAUGCAUGUUCUCACCCAGCCUUCCGCAGCCUGGUGUAUGUGCUGGCCUUCUUCCAUGCUGUGGUGCAAGAGAGGCGCAAGUACGGCAAGAUCGGCUGGAACGUCCGCUACGACUUCAAUGAGUCUGACUUCUCUGUGAGUAUGGAGAUCCUGAACACCUACCUGACCAAAGCUCACAACCAAGAACAAAGCGAUAUUCCGUGGGGAAGUCUCAAAUACCUUAUUGGGGAGGUGAUGUAUGGUGGGCGAGCCAUAGAUAGCUUUGACCGCAGGAUCCUGAACGUCUACAUGGACGAGUACUUCGGAGACUUCCUCUUCUACACAUUUCGGCAGUUCCACUUCUUCAGCAACAAGGACGUAGCCUAUAAGAUCCCUCCAAAUGGGCCUGAGAGCUCAUAUACUGAUGAGAUUGAGAAUCUGCCGAUGGCAAACACACCAGAAGUGUUGGGUCUUAAUUCCAAUGCAGAGAUAGGAUACUACACUCAGGCAGCGAAAGACAUGUGGAGUCACCUCAUAGACCUGCAGCCUCAGACAGGCGACUCUGGUGGAAGCAUCAGCAGGGAUGAGUUUAUCAGCCAGGUGGCCCAGGACAUUCAGAACAAGCUGCCUAAGUUAUUCGACAUAGACGUGAUCUGUAAAAAGUUUGGCACAGACAUUACACCGACCUCAGUGGUGCUGCUUCAAGAACUGGAGCGCUUCAACAAGCUAGUGGUCUGCAUGCAGCGCUCUCUGCUCGAGCUGCAAAGGGCGUUGUCUGGUGAGGUGGGUAUGAGCAGCGAGUUGGAUGAGGUCGCUCGGGCUCUUUUUAACGGUCACAUCCCGGCCAUCUGGAAGAAGUUGGCUCCUGACACUCUCAAGUCCCUCGGCAACUGGAUGAGCCAUUUCAAGAGGCGUUAUGAACAGUAUAGCUACUGGGUGGAGAAGGAAGAGCCAAAGGUUAUGUGGCUGUCAGGACUACAUAUCCCAGAGUCCUACUUGACUGCCCUGGUUCAAACCGCAUGCAGGAAGAACUGUUGGCCUCUGGACCUUUCCACGCUGUACACAGAGGUCACCCAGUACCGCAGUGAGGAUGAGAUCAGUGACAGACCUGGACAGGGUUGCUACGUGUCUGGUCUGUAUCUAGAGGGAGCAGACUGGGACACGGAGGAGGGCUGUCUGGUGAAGAGUCAACCAAAAGUUCUGGUUGUUGAACUUCCCAUCCUCAAAGUCAUCCCCAUAGAGGCACGGCGCCUGAGGUUACAGAAUACAUUACGGACACCAGUGUACACCACUUCUCUGCGCAGGAAUGCAAUGGGUGUGGGAUUGGUGUUUGAGGCAGACCUGUUCACCACCAUGCACCUCUCCCACUGGGUGCUCCGGGGGGUUUGUCUAUGCCUCAACGCUGACUAAAGAUUCACUGAGCGGUUUAGCUUUCACACAGCUUGUUCAGACAUGCUGAUUAUUUUAAUUUUUAAGAAAUCAUUCGUUUUGACUUAUUGGCCAACAUAUAAGUUAUGAGAACAUCGUUUAUAUAUUGUUAAAAGGUAAUAUAUGCACAAAACAAAAAACCACAAUUUUGCCGUAUUACUUAGUUCACAGCUUAUAUUUAUUUACCACUAGAUGGCAGCACACAUCAGUCCUGAGCCCUUCCCUCUUGGCAGUAGCACCAGGGAUUUCUUUUGGCUGCUGCAGUGGGCUAAAGUGCCAGCAGGCUAUGGUGGCUCAUCUUUCAGACCCACUAGUAUUUUACUUCUGUAUUUAUGAAUAAAUGUUUGCAAAUAAUUUUAAA